AUGGUAGUAGUCUCCACCCAGCAGCAGGCGCAUGAUGACGACUCAUCAGCUAAUUACGACCGAGCCGUCGAAUUGACAGCUUUUGACGAGACAAAAGCCGGAGUGAAAGGUCUAGCCGACGCCGGCAUCACUGAGGUGCCUCGCAUCUUCCACAUCCCGCCUCACCUCGUGGACCGCCGCCCAACAAUACCUCUCGUGGACGCUCCAACCCGCUUCCGCUUCCCGACCAUAGACCUCCAAGCUGCUGAUUGA